GACGUGUUGUUGAAUAAAGUACCUUUCAUCUUACAAGAUUAAACCAGACAGCAGAAUUCUUUGCAUCUGUUGAUCUUUAGCGUUAAAGAUUCGUAUCUGCUGCUGUUGUGAUGGCGGUUACUUCACGGGAUGAGGAGGAGGAGAAAGUUCGAAGGGGAGUUUGAAAAAAUCUACCAGAUGCACAUUUUCCCCCUCAAUGAAUGGAGGAGACGGGGAUUUGCGUCUCUUUUCUCCGGACAGACGCUCUGAGGACCAUGACUCUGGACUGUGAACCUGUGAGGGAGACGGACGCCCAGACAGGCGCGAGCGAAGACGCGGCGUAUUUUGCGCCGGUAAAUGCGCAUGAUUCGGACUUGGGGCAAAACGCCGUGCGCCCUAAGAAGUGGCGCAGUCCGGAGCGGAGACGCGCCUCGGUCAAACCCCCGUACUCGUACAUCGCUCUCAUCACCAUGGCGAUCCUCCAGAGCCCGGGGAAGAGGCUCACGCUCGGCGAGAUCUGUGACUUCAUCCGCCGGCGCUUCGCGUAUUAUCGGGAGAAGUUCCCCGCGUGGCAGAACUCCAUCCGCCACAACUUGUCGCUAAACGACUGCUUCGUUAAAAUGCCGCGGGAGCCCGGGAAUCCCGGGAAGGGGAAUUAUUGGACCCUGGACCCGAUGUCGGCCGACAUGUUCGAGAACGGGAGUUUUCUUCGGCGGAGGAAGCGCUUUAAGAGGCCGCAGCUUCACCUGAGACUGAGAGAGUGCGCGGCGCAGAGGCGCGGCCUGGCGUCGGCGCUCCCUCGCCUCGGAGCGCACGUGGGCUUCUGUCUCCACGGCCCGGAUAUGUGCCGCGACCUGAGCGCCCUGAACCCACGGAGCGGCGCGAGCAUCCCUUUGAGCAUCGUACCUCCAUUAACAUUCGAACCCUUCGGCCCGGGCCGCUGCGCCGCCGUCCCGCUGACUCCCAGCUGCUCCACGGGUUCCGUCCUGCUUCACGGAGUUAAACCCAGCUACGCUGCUACUCAAACGUCCAGUUUCCCCGCUUGGAUCAUUUAGUGUUCUUAUUUCAAUUUAAUCCAACAGUGUUCCUGCAACUCCUGAACACAGUAUUGUACGUACUGUACAGUAUAAGCACAUGGUUGUAAAACACAACAUUUGAGCCGUUUUGUUCGUAAUUAAAUUGACCAAGCCAGCAGUAUUUGUGCAAUUUAAAUAAUAAUGAAAUACUAUUACUAUUUUUAUACUAUAAUACAGGUUUUUCUUUUGUUUGUCAAUUAUAAAUGAAAUGUAAACAGUACCUAAUUAACAUCUUUAUAGGAAUUAAGGAUUAAUUUCUUAUAUACUACAUUAUACAUUUUAAAUGAAUGAAGAUGCCACCUUUGAAAACAAUAAUCUAUAUUUUGGGCAGUACAAAGUACAUUUAGAGCCACUCGAUGUUUGUGUAUAUAUUAUUUUGCAGAUGACGAUCAUCAUCAUCAUCAUCAUCUGAUCGUAAUUUGUACCACUGAUGCAAAAAACACAACAUAAAACAACACAAAAAGUACAUUAAUAUAUGACAUUAUCAAAUCAGUUUAAUCAGCUGUAGAGGGUGGAGCUGUGUUGUUGUUCGUAAACGUAGCGAGCAAUUCAACGAGCAAAUAAGUGUUUGAUUUGCAAAACAAGAGAUUGCCUAUUUACAGUAAAUGUGUUGAUGCAUUUAGAUGCUUUAAUAUACAUUAAAUUUGUGAUGCAUGUUUGUUUUAGAUUGAUCAGCUAUAUUUUAAUAUAAAAUGCUAAUUGGGUUUAUCAAAUGUGUCAGUGCAGUUACAGGUCGGCUGUCACACUGUGAAUUAAACACAUUUGUUGUCAGUUUAAUGUAAAUUAUGGUUUUCCAUCUCAUCAUUUUGUCUAAACAUUAAUCUUUUUAUUAAACACAAUUUCUUGCACACGUGAAGAGCAUCCUUUUUCCAUAGGACGGUUUAAUAUGUUUUGGCUGUUUUUCUUGCAGUCUGCCGUAAGUUCACAGUAGUUGAUUAAUGUGUCAGAUAUAACGAGCCUUAUAAUAAUUUUCAUGAUGCUAUUGGUUUUAUUGUUCAGAUUGAUGCUUGUUUGCUUUGAAAAUAAAAAUCUAGUAUAAGUCUAAAUCCCUCCACCCAGAGACUCCUUUACAGUAUACUGUCAAGGAGUACUGUACUGGUACUGUACUGUAACUGUAGUAGUAAAGUAAAGUCAAGAUCCUCUCACAAUGAUAAAUUCCCUUAAACAGUACAAAAUGUCAUUUCAUUAUUGGUCUACACAAAAGCUGCUAAUUGAAACAAAGCAUGAAGAAAAAUGUAACAGUAUUGUAACAUUAUUUGACUUUCUUAUACUGUACAUGUUGCUAAUGUGAGUCAUCGCAUGCUUAAAACCAUGUGUUUUUUAUUACAGUAUGCUACUACUGCAAAAAAAAUCUUUUGUAAAAUCAAAGGCUUUAAGCUUUUCAGAUAAUUGGUGUAUUGUAUAAUUGGUGAAUAUUUGACUACCUAUUUAUCUGUAGUCAUUAUUCAAUCUGAAUUUUGAUUGAAAGUGUAACACACAGGAUUUUUUAGUAUCAUACAGGCAAGAAAAAGCUACUUCAUCCCUAACAAAUCACUGACGGGCUGUAAAAUAAAAAGCUGGAGUCAGUUUUGUAGCAGUCAGUGAUUCUUUGAAAUAGGAAGUAGAGCAGGUAAUUGAUUUUCAAAAAACAUACAUUUUAGGUGUUUAGAAGUAAAACACACCUGUAAUAUCUGUAAUGCCUCAAUUCAGCAACAACACCACAAACUGGAGGAUUAUUACUUGUCUGGCUUGAUGAAGCAAAAGCUCAUAGGCAUAAACUGGAACAAUGAGCCUGCCCUGUUCUGUCUGAAGACCACGGCCCGGCCCACGACCACAGUGCAUCCAGCAGUCAGAUCGGUCACGUCACUCCAAGUUGGACCAGCAUCACCGCUUGUCAUGUAGCAGAGUCCUCCUCAGUGGACUCUGACCACUUGGAAAAGAUCGAAACAUUGGACAGCAAGGAUGCGUCUGCAAACUAGUUACCUUGACAACCCUGGUCUACUCAACCACUGGAAACGCAAAAACAGAAAUGGAAAACUGAACCGCUGCCAUCAAACACUUCCUUAAUCCCUGCAACUCUCCCUUCGGACGCUGCUGAUCUCAACCUCACAUCAUAUCAUUACCCAACAGCUGAAAUGUCAGAAGGAGCGACACGCAGUUGACCUUCCUUGAAACGUUACUUGUUCCGAUUUCACAAGAGCUGAAUUUAUUUUGCGCUGUCAGCAUUUGGUCCUGCACACUCUACACAGCCGAGUCUCAGUUCAGCAUCAGUCCGUAUAAAUGCUCUACAGCUGCAGACCUAAAGGAGCUGCCCUGCUCAUGCUGAAUGGGGUGGAAACGUUGAACAACAUUUGAAUACAAAACUGUCCCGUCAGCCGUUGGACAAAUACACAAGAAAUUGCAGCUAACUGAGCUUUAGAUGCAUCCAUCCAUCCGUCCAUCCAUUCAUGCAACAUAAGAAAGCUACAACGUCCUGUUUUCAAUUUUUUUAUUUGCCUGAUCAGCAUCAAAUCUGUGCUGAGGUCCUUUA